AUGUCGAACACUUUGUUCCACAUGAUCGAUGCGAAGACCUCCUACAAUUUAUUGUUAGGACGACCGUGGGUUCACAAAAAUGGUGUCGUCCCCUCCACUCUUCAUCAAUGCUUCAAGUUCUACAAUGGCGGAGUAAAAACAGUGGCAGGUGAUACUAAACCAUUCACUGAAGCUGGAUCUUACUUUGUGGAUUCCAAGUUCUACAGGGAUGAUGAAAUAAUAGAGGAAGUUCUCCCAAUUAGAGUACCCUCUACAGGGAAGACUGUAGAAGUGCGUAAUAAGGAAGUGGAAUCCAGCGUGGCAAGAAAUCGCAAUGAGGAACCACAUAAAGUUUCGUUGGAAACUAAUGUGGCAGCUUUAAAGAACAAAAUCAACUCCUCUUCUCCAGUCCUUCGUUUCAUUAGAGAGGUUCAAUAUCCUAAGUGGAUUGCAAAUAUUGUUCCUGUCAAGAAGAAGAACGGACAACUCUGUGUAUGUGUGGACUUCCGCGACUUAAAUGACGCAUGUUCGAAAGAUGACUUCCCUUUGCCCAUCAUUGAACUCAUGGUGGAUGCAAAAACAGGCAUGAAGCUUUAUCCUUCAUGGAUGGGUCAUCUGGAUACAAUCAAAUAA